AUGGCCGUCGUUUCCGAGCCCACUGUCUCCAACAAUGAGAUUUCCCAGAAAGUCAAGAACUCACAGGCGUCAUCCCACUCUCGAAGCAUAUCCUGGGUUAAAGGUAUCCUCUUCCACACGCAUCUUGACGACAAUGUCUGCAGCCAGAAUUAUGCUGGCAAAGGUACAAAAGAUGAUCCAUACAUUGUCGAUUACCUGAACAACGACCACCAAGACGCCAUGAAUUUUUCCGAUAGGCGAAAAUGGGCCAUCACCAUUUUCCAGGCCCUAUCCACGUUUGUGGUGACAUUUUCCAGCUCGGUAUAUGCGAGCGGCAUCGGAGGCAUCGAGCAGCGCUUUAAUACGUCCGAGGAGGUGGCAACACUGGGCUUGUCGCUUUUCGUGUUAGGUUUCGCCAUAGGGCCACUGAUAUGGGCACCUCUGUCAGAGAUGUACGGCCGAAAGUCCAUAUAUGUGAUUUCGUUCAUGGUGUACACUGCGUUCUGCGUGGCGGCGACCUGCUCGCCCAACAUCACGGCCUUGUUGGUUCUUCGCUUCUUUGCCAGCGCCUUUGGUUCGUCGGCAAUGACCAAUUCCGGGGGCGUCAUUGCCGACAUGUUCAACAAGACGCAGCGUGGAGUGGCGAUGGGGUUGUUUGUCAUGGCUCCUUUUCUGGGCCCUGCACUUGGGCCUAUUGCCGGUGGCUUUCUUGCAGAGAAACAGGGUUGGCGCUGGCCUCUCGGUUUAAUCGCUAUAAUGGCAGGUGUGGUCUCGAUGUUCACGAUGCUGAUCACCCCCGAAACAUACGCACCAUUCAUUCUGCAAUGUCGAGCGCAGGCCCUCUCCCGGAUGACAGGAAGAGGAUAUGUGUCUCGGCUCAAUGUGGGAAAGCCACCCAUGACCUUCUUGCAAGAGCUCUCGAUCUCUCUCACGCGCCCCUGGAUCUUAUUGUUCCGCGAACCUCUUGUCUUGCUGACGUCGCUGUACGUCGCUAUCAUCUAUGGCACACUUUACAUGUUCUUUGCCGGGUUUCCAAUCGUCUUUCAAUAUACUCGAGGCUGGAGCCAGGGCAUCGCCGGACUUCCGUUCAUCGGCGUCGCAAUUGGCGUCUGUCUUGCGACGCUAGCGGCCGGCGUGGACAACAAACGCUAUGUGCGUCUGUGUGAGGAGACCGAAGGAAGAGGAGACACAGUCGAGCCCGAAGUCAGACUAGGUACGGCCAUGGUAGGAUCUUUCGUGGUUCCGAUUGGAUUAUUCUUGUUUGCGUGGACGACGUAUCCAUCGGUGCACUGGAUUGUACCCAUAAUCGGUGCCGUCUUCUUCUCGUGUGGACUUGUCAUGGUCUUCAUCUCGCUGAUGAGCUACCUGGUUGACUCUUAUACCGUCUAUGCUGCUUCUGUUAUGGCGGCCAACUCAGUGGUUCGGUCCUUGUUCGGCACGGUGUUUCCGUUGUUUACCACCCAAAUGUACGAGAAGCUCGGAAAUCAAUGGGCGAGCUCCGUUCCUGCGUUUCUAGUUCUUGCGUGCGUGCCUUUCCCGUUUCUUUUCCACAAGUAUGGUUCGAAGAUACGCAGUAAGUGCAAGUAUUCACUCGAAGCAGCAAAGGUGUUGGAGACGAUGAGUCGCCGACAAGGCGCAAUAAUUGAAGAUGAGCCAAAUGAAUUGGAGAGGAAGGUUGAACAGACUGUUUAG